GCAGGCGUCAAGAUUUUAUUUCGCAUCAACUUCACCCUUCUCCGUCUCGGAUUCUUCUCAGUAAAUACUUGCCUUAAUUACUCCUUUCUAUCGUCAUCAUGGCGAAUCAAUUGCCAAUCACCACCAUCGUGCCUUUUGGCAACAUCCAAAAACUGCCUGCCUGUGCCGCUGCUUGCGGCCAUCUCUACGAUGCCAAUGGCGCAUGUGUUCCUCCCGCCGUGCCCAGCAACAGUCCCGCCGUCUACACGUCAUGCUUCUGCUUCGACUCUCGACUUGCGCCCUUUUCGACGACAACCGCCGGCGUUUGCGACGAUGCCUGUACCGCGAAUCCUAGCGGCCUGGCAUCCAUCACCAACUGGUAUCACAGCGUUUGCAACAUCCAGAAAGGAGUAGCUCCCUCCACGACUGCCUCGACCUCAAGUACUUCGACCAGCACGGGUAUUCCUUUCCAAUCACACCCGGCUAGCGGCGACUGGAUCUCCAACCACUGGCAAUGGGUUGUGAUGCUAGUCAUUCUCGUCGUUGGCAUCGCCGGCAUCUGGAUAGGCGCAUGCAUCUGGCGCCGUCGCUACCUCCGUAACCGCGAGCUUCGAAAACAAGCUGGCGCCACCGACUCCUGGGGCUCCGGUGUCCCUGCCGCUGACGCCGCCGCCGGCGGUAUUCCCAUGACCUAUCAGGACAAGUCGAACGCGACGCCAAGCCUACCUACCUUUACGUCGACGUCCGAGAAGCGCAACACGACGACCAAGCUGUGGCCAUUCAGCAGCAAUCGAUCAUGAUAUGAAAAAAAAAAAGGACGUGACAAGAAAAAAAAUAGAGCUAAAGGAAAAUGAAAAUAAAAGCGAUGGAUGAAACCCAAUGUUAUAGGAGCCUAAUUCAAGACGAAGCACUACGACUACGGCAUCGACUGCUUGCGACUUUAUUCUUCUUCCAAUCCUUCAUACAAAUACCGCCUUAUUUACACAUCUGCUACGACAAAAAUUAUUUAUCCUUUCUUUGCCGCUCCCUCAACAUCUCCAUCAAUAGGCGAUCCUUUAUGUUUUACCAUUUUCACCUCUUUUCCGGCUCUAUCACUAUCCUGUCAUUGUUAUUUGGUGCCUUUUUUUCUUCCUUUUUUGGAUUUGGCGUUAGCUGUGUUGAUAUUUUUUGUUGGGAUAUUAUCAUGUCUUCUUACAAGGUGGAGAAAUUAGAGUUUGGGGGGGGGGGGGCGAAACGAGGAUUU